GAAGGCGCAUGGUGUCAGAGAGAGUGAAAACACGCACACUCGAGGCACCUGGACACACCUGAACUCCCACUUCCGGAAAAUUCCUGUACAAGAUCUGGAGCACGUUCCGCUGGGAAUACUGAUCCAGGAGAUUUAUGAUACUGUAUUUUAGGAAGGAGAAACUCAAAUGUGAUUCCUGUUCUGAGAGAUGGCCUUUGAUAAACACGACAUAAAAAGUCUAUAAUAUUGUAAUUCAAGCUGUCUGAGGACCUUUCUUCAGUCUCUGUUCCAGUGGUCAAAGCUCCUCUAGUUCUGAUGCCAGAAUCCUCUGUUCCUGACUGGGAAACGGAAAAGAAGAUAAGUAAAGAAGAAAAGAUCAAUGGUGCUGAUAUGGAACCAAGCACACUGCCCUGGCCUGGAGACAAGGCUGAUCAACUUGGCAAGAGAGAAGAAGCAGCAUCUGAUCUCAAACUACAGCAGAGUGAAAUGGAUCUUGUAGAAGAGAAGGAGAGGGAGAGAUCAGAUAGCGGGUCCCACCGUGGAGUAAGCAGGACUGAGAGUGAGCGAGAGUUUGGUGGGCAAGAAAAGCAGGCAACGUGUGAAGACUGCGUGGAGGGAAAGCAGCCUGAGUUAAGACAGAAGGUUCCACCCUUGGAGAUUGAGGUGGAGGAGUUGAACAGUAUGCCCGAGAAAGCCGUUGGGGUUUUCAGUCCGAAUGUAAGCGUCCUGCGCUCCACCAGCAUGCCUGCUUCGCCCAUGUGCAAGUCAGAACUCUGGGAGGAGGAGAGUCAUGCCUUCAUUAGGCACGAAGACACACUUCCAGAUGAUUACUACCAUGCUUAUCCCAGACAGAACAAGUUGCAAAUCUGUUCGUGUGCUGGGACAUACCGUGAUGUGCUUAAAUUGGGUGUGUCCAUAUUCAUGUCAGCUCUGAUUUUCCCUGUCCUGGUUUGGGGUGGUCACACUUUCUUACCCUUUGAUGCUCCUCUGCUGGAUAGCGCCUCCCUAAGGCUGGUCUACACGCUGCGCUGUUCCGUCUUUGCAGUCGUACCGAUUGUCCUGGGUGUGUUGAUGCUGGGUGUGUCCCGUGUGCGCUAUCGUUCUCUGAAACCUCACUGUGACGGAGAGGUUGAAGAGGUGAACAUCCACCGCCGCUACGUUGACGACUCUGUCUCACUCUUUCUCCUGUACUUCCUUCAGCUGGGUGUCAUGGCUGCUUAUCUGAACCAGAACCUUCUCAAACUGGUGCCUCUCCUCACCAUCAUUUUUGCCAUUGGCAGGCUGAUUUACUGGAUUGCAGCAGCAUGGGGUAGCAGCCUGAGGGGUUUUGGGUUCGGGCUCUCCUUUUUGCCCAUGCUGACCAUGUUGGUGGCCAACCUGUACUUCAUCUUCAUGGCUGAUUCUGCUGGCUCGAUCUUUGCCCGGGAUGAACUGGAUCCACUCAGCCCUCCUCAGGAGUACAGGAAGAGGUUGUGGGGGUAGCGUGAGAUCUGAUCCCCAAACGCUAAUUAAAAAAGGAGAGAUUUUCUUCAGCUGUGCUUUUUAUUAUCUCUCAUUUCUGCUCGCUUCAGAACAUGGAUCAAAUGCUUACAUGCAUGAAAAAAGUAGUUCUCCAGUUUGGGGGGUGGGAGGGUUAAUAUGACAUUGUGCAUAUGAUGGACCACAUGCUGUGAAUUUGCCAUUUAUUGAACAUUACAGCCUUCCACAUCUGCUGUUUGGCUUGAAAUAUUGUAAUGGCUAAAAGGGGGAAACUGUACAUGGUUAUCUGCCGUAUUUAAAACAAAUGAGAAGAUGCCCUCCAGUGAUGGCUUAGUCUAUGUUGUUGCAGUCAUGUGAACAAUAGUGCGAAUGAGCAUAAUUCCAGAGCACAAUCAAGCAAGAUUUAAAUGCUUUAGUGACAGCAGGUUGCUUAAAAUAUCACACAGUAAGAGUGGGCUUAUGAAUACAACAUGAGCAGAUGUGGAAAGAUAUAUUUUUUUUAAUAUACUUUUUUUUUUUUUUGCUAAUGCUAAAAGAACACUAAUUUUUUCUUUUCUUGCUGAAGGAGUUUAAAAAUAUGUUGCAGCAUGUUUGUGGAAUUUGUGUGCAAUAUACCUGAAGUGGGUUAUUCAUUCCUCAUUAAAAUGGAAGCACAGAAAAGGGGAACAAAAAAACUCUUCCAUUUCUUGUACUCUUUCACUACAGAUUUUCUCAUGAAAGUUAAAUUGGGAAGCUGGGUAUGGAUUUUCUAAAUGUGUGUGUGAAGGGUCUGGGUAUUUCAAGCUGUCAGACAAGGGCAUAAACAAAUAUGUUAAUUUCUUAAGAAGAUUUAAAUGUCACUUUUGCAUGCUUUUGUAUUAACUCUUGUGAAUAAGAUGUAAUUUUCCUCUGAGAUCAUGUCAUUUAUAUCCUAAACACUGAUAACCAAAGACUACGUAUGUAACAGUGGUUGUGUAAGACUGAGCAGCAGGUUGCCGGGGCGGUUUCCUUCCGGAACUAUUAGUUUUCCCAUCUGCUUAUUUUAUUGCCGAGUAUAAAUAUCAAAGCAAUAUGUAAUACCGUGUAGCCUAUAAAAGGUUCACUCCUACAUUAAACUCAUUCUCUGGCUGUUCUCACCAACCUGAGAGAUCCAGUGACCCUGGCAGUCUAUCACUUGUAGAACCAUGGUUACAUAUGUAACCUUCUGUUCUACUUCAUUUCAUUUUUGACUGCUGGGGUGGUUUCUUUCAGAUGUAGUAGAGGAUGUGUAUCAAAGUUGUCACAAGGGUUUAUAAUACAUUUGAAUAGUACACGCUACCAGACAGUGAUAGACAGGACUGAUAAACGGUGCAAAUACCAGACCGGGAAUCACUCAGGUGCUGUGCAGCAGUGCCAGUUUUACCAAUGUGGUUGCUGUUGCCAGAGGCAGAAAGUCCGUGUACGGGCAGUGUGUGAUCUCGUCCUCUGAUAAUUUUCUGACUGCUUUUGUGACUGAGACUACUCUUUCAUCUCUCAGAUAAUCUUGCUCGACUCAUAAGAUUCAUGCCUAUGAACUGCACAGUCUGUAGAUGUACCAUGGCUCUUCUUAUAAUUGACUUUCAGUUCUACCGCUUCUACAUGUGAGAUUAGGAGCUCUGUCUGGCUCAGCACGUGCUGUUGGGACUGUCCAAACAUGGAGCGUGGUGUUACAAGGGCUCUGGGCCAGUGCUUACCUAUUUUAUGAGCCCUGAACUGAUGUCACACCACUUGUGUGAAAUUGGAGCCAUUAUCUGUGUUCCACAGCAAUGGGAAUGCAAAAAUAUGCAUCCUUCAUAUACUGUAUGCGGAUACUACCAAACAGUGUAUGUUCACAUGCUGCAUCACAUCUGAUAUGUAAUGGCAGUCAUUUAAGAUGAUGUUUAGAUAUCUCAGAUCUAAAAUGGACCAUAUUCCACCUCAUUUAUUUGGAAUCAGAAAAUAUUUCAAAAUAUUUGGCCAGCUUUUCUGGUCCUUCUACUAUUUAUAUGGCCUGUUUUUACCCUUAGUCGUGACUGCAUUUCUGCACUUUGCAGAGCCAGCUGGCUCUGCGUCUAUGCAAUGGACCCCCUGUGUUUGGUGCUGUAUGACUUUAAAAACUUUUAAAUAAAAACACUGAAGCUUGACUGCAGGGUUCAAGUUGCAGAGGGGUGAAACAUCCCACUGUUAUUGUGCGAUUUCAGAAGUAAUGAUAGGAUCUCUAGCAGCAGUUUUGCUAAAUCAUGCUUUAGAGGCUUGAUCAUGCCUUGUCCUAGCCCAAAAAUGUUUUCAUGUGUGUGCUUUUUUUUUUUAGUUGAAGCUUCCUAUGUGAGAUCAUAGUCGUGUCGCAACAUUACCUGUUAUUACGUGGCAAGGAAAUGAGUAAGUGGAAAAUACCACUAGUUUUUCCUGAAGGAAACCGUCGUAGCAAUUCAGAAUAAACAUGAAUACAACUACACCUGCUCUGUUUUUUAGUUUUCUAGAAACAGUAUACCAAACAAGAGAAUGCUCUGCAUUAUAGUUUACAUGAUUCACUUGUUACUGGUAUAAUUCUGUAUUAGCUUUAACCUAAAUUCAGACAAAGAACAUGAUUGGAUGUAUAAAAAUCUCUAAUUCAAAACAGGUUUUUUGUGUAUUUCCCUUUUUACACUUUAUAUACUGUGCACUGACCUUAAUAAAUUGGAAAUAAUAUUCUUA